AUGUCAAAGCCAGGUUUAACCACUCCACCAAGCGCUCGAGCGGCAAGUCCUCUCAAUACAAGUACAGGUGGUAAUGGCAAUCAAUUAGCUUCACUUAAUAAUACUCCACCACCAUCUGGUGAAGAUAUGCAACCACCACAACAGCGAAUGCUUCACCAACAAUCAUUACCACCUAUGCAUUUUGGUGGUCCACGAGGUCCUCCACCACCACAUAUGAUGCAUCCUGGUGGUCUUCCUCCACCACAACCAGGUCAAUUUGUUGAUGAUUUUUAUGGACAAGGACCGCCACCAAUGAUGCAUCCGCAUGCACAUAUGAUGCAUGGUCCACCACCUCCUCAUCAUCAUCCACAUAUGGGUAAUUUACUUGGUCCUGGACCACCACCACAUGCACGUGGUAUGAUGCUUAUGCAUGGACCACCACCACCACAAAUGAUGCCACGUACAUAUCCACCACAUACACAUCAUAUUAAUAAUCCACAAAAUCCAAAUUCAUCAUCGAUUGCUAUAUGUGGAUCAUGUCAUAAAGAAGCGCAAGAUACAGAAGGAACGGUGCUUUGUGAAUCAGGUUGCAAUUUUUUUUAUCAUCGUACAUGUGUUGGAUUAACAGAACAUGCAUUAAAAAUGCUUCAUCAGGAAAAUUAUGCAGAAUGGGUAUGCGAUAAAUGCUGUGCAGAAAAACAUGUACCACCAGUUAAACUUAAAUCUUAA